UGGGGGGGAGGACAGCGAGUGGUUCAGGCUGGGUGCCGAGCGGAGCGUGCGGGGCGGGAAGCAGCAGCGGAGCGGCUCCCACCGGCGCUGGGUUCCGUCGGCCGGCCGCAGCCCCGCGAGUGGCCCUCCUCCCGUACCUCGCCCGCCGGCACCCUGGCCGUGGGCACUUGCGGAGCGCUUGGCGCGGGGCCGCUGAGCAGCGGCGGCGGCGGCAUGAAGGUCACGUCGCUCAACGGACGCCAACUGCGCAAGAUGCUCCGCAAGGAGGCGGCGCGCUGCGUGGUGCUCGACUGCCGGCCUUACCUGGCGUUCGCCGCCUCGAGCGUGCGCGGCUCCCUCAACGUCAACCUCAACUCGGUGGUGCUGCGGCGGGCCCGGGGCGGCGCGGUGUCGGCGCGCUACGUGCUGCCCGACGAGGCGGCGCGCGCGCGGCUGCUGCAGGAGGGCGGCGGCGGCGUGGCGGCCGUGGUGGUGCUGGACCAGGGCAGCCGCCACUGGCAGAAGCUUCGCGAAGAGAGCGCCGCGCGCGUGGUGCUCACCUCGCUGCUGGCCUGCCUGCCGGCCGGCCCGCGGGUCUACUUCCUCAAAGGAGGAUAUGAGACCUUCUACUCAGAAUACCCUGAGUGUUGUGUAGAUGUAAAACCCAUCUCACAAGAGAAAAUCGAGAGUGAGAGAACCCUCAUCGGCCAGUGUGGAAAGCCAGUACUCAGCCUCAGCUACCGGCCAGCUUAUGAUCAGGGUGGCCCUGUUGAAAUCCUUCCCUUCCUCUAUCUUGGAAGUGCCUACCAUGCAUCCAAGUGCGAGUUCCUCGCCAACCUGCAUAUUACAGCCCUGCUGAAUGUCUCCCGCCGGACCUCCGAGGCCUGCACAACCCACCUACACUACAAAUGGAUCCCUGUGGAAGACAGUCACACAGCUGACAUUAGCUCUCAUUUUCAAGAAGCAAUAGACUUCAUUGACUGUGUCAGGGAAAAGGGAGGCAAAGUCCUGGUCCAUUGUGAGGCAGGAGUCUCGCGUUCCCCCACCAUCUGCAUGGCUUACCUCAUGAAGACCAAGCAGCUCCGCCUGAAGGAAGCUUUCGAUUACAUGAAGCAGAGGAGGAGUGUGAUCUCCCCUAACUUUGGCUUCAUGGGCCAGCUCCUGCAGUACGAAUCUGAGAUCCUGCCUUCCACGCCCAAUCCCCAGACCCCCUCCUGCCAGGGAGAGGCUGCAGGCUCCUCAUUUAGAGACCAUUUGCAGACACUGGGCCCUGACAUGCAGGGUGCCUACUGCACAUUCCCUACCUCAGUGCUGACAUCUAUGCCCCCCCACUCCGCCGUCACAGAGUUCCACAGGAGCCCGGCGGCCACAGCCACAUCCUGCUGAGACUCAGGAAGGGAUGGGUGCCAGCCCAGCCUCAAGAGAAACUGUGAUUUUGUUUUUUAAAACUCGUGGACAUUUCAUACCUGUGCAAUACUGAAGACCUCUGUCGCACCGGCCCAGGGAGCUAGUGAAGGGGUCACCAGGCUUGCAAACAACUUCACACUGACCUCGAGGAUGGGUUCUGGGGACUGAAGGAAGGCCAAGCCAUUAGGAGAGCACACUGUGCUGACUACUGUACUUCCAGACCCCUGCCCUCAGGCCCGCCCAGUCCUCACUUCAGAGUUGGCCUUUUCAUUUCAAGCAUAAGGCAAUAAGUCCCUGCAGUGCUGUGGAAGCCAGAAGCUGCUGGUCAGGCCAGGAGAAAAGGCAGCCGGGAAGCCGAUCCAUUUUGAAGAAAGCACAAUUUCCAUCUUCUUU